AUGUUGCAGAUAAUAUGGGAAUCAGUCAAGAUAACAAUACUCCAAGGACAAAGAGAAAAACAAUGUUUGUCUGGUUUCCUGAGUUCCUAUGCCAUUAUGUCCUCCCUUGCUGACCUGUAUUUUAAAGAAAGCAGCAAAACUGUAUUCAAAAUUCACCACGAUCCUGUAUUCUGGUCCAUGAUUCAAGUUGGUUUGGUCAACGUAGAUUCAUUAGUUAGAAAACGAAGUUUGUACUUACUUCAAAGAGUGGUUGAGAUGUGUAAAGAACAAGAUCAAGAGGAGAAAGUGUAUCUGGAGGAAACAUCGCCAGUAUUUUGGUGGAAUCCCGAUAGUGCUGAAGAAAUUCUAGAUGUCUGGCAACAAUAUGUCUCUUUCUUGGAAACUUUGGAAGAAAAACAGGUAACUACUAAGUAUCCAUUUAUCCUCUGUAAUUGCAAAUAUUUUCACGUAAUAGUUGAUAUAAUUUCGCAGUUGCUGUCUAAUAGAUACAGUACUGUACCUUAAAAUCAGACAUAUUUUCGCUUUCUACUAGCUCUGAAUCACUCCGAUGGGGAGCGAACUGAGUAAUAAAUGUUAUUAUGUAUGUAUGCAGCUCGGAGUUAUAAUGUUUAAAAUUUCUGUUUCUUGUGAGUGUGGAAGGUGAUAAAUAUAACUGAUUCGUCGUUGUGGAAAAAGCAUGUUCAUCUAUUUCGUUUAUCCAAUAUUCACAUCUGUCACGUGAAAUAAUUAGAGGCUGUGUUUCCUUCAAACCAAAUGAUUAUUUUGGGUUCCCACUAAAUGUUAAGCAAUUCUGAAAAUCUUUGAAAAUAUGCUGACAAUGCUGUGCAUUUUCCUCUACAUGUAUGCAGUAUAUUUCAAUAUAAACAUUCAGUGUGUCCAUUAUAUUAGCAUGCAGUCGCUAUAGCGAAUAAAAUGUUUGGCAAGUACAUAUUUUCACUUUCAACAGAUCUGACUUUGAUUUUUAAUUAAUCAGCUUCAUGUGAUUCAACCAGUCCUUCCACGCAUUGAAGAACUUAUAAACAUAACGAAGAAAACUAAAGGUACGAAAUACAGUUGUUUGAUAUGACAUUACAUUUAUUUCAGUUUAUUGUAGUUAGGCACUAUAGAUGAAGAGCGUGCAGUCUUCACAGUUUAGUAUAGGUCAUGUAUAUAAGUCUUAUAGACAUAAACAGGUCGCAUCUAUAUAUUAUAUUAUAAUGUGGCUGCAAAAUUAAAAUUAGGGUUCCUGACUUCCUGUUCAUGUUUCGUUUGACUGGUGUUUUCUUGACUGGUAUAAAGCAAAAAUUUGUUUUCGCACAAAUGCCCUGAAUUGUAAUUUCUAUAUAAAUUGUGCCCGCGAACGUCGACAAAACUCGAAAUUUGAAGUGUUUUAUGCAGUAAAUAGUGUCGUGAAUGUGCUAGCACAAAAGCAAAAUGUGCCUGUGAGUGGCACUCGCACAUAUGAAAUUAUUGAAUUCCUUUACUGUAUACGGCAACUUGUCAAAGACACUUGGUAUAUAAUGUAUAGCGGACGUUUGUCCUUUCCAAUACACGUUUGUCCUUUCCAAUACAAUACAAUACAAUACAAUACAAUACAAUACAAUACAAUACAAUACAAAUCCUAAAAUGGCGUCGAUUAUAUUGUUUUUGUAGAUGUCUAUUUUCCUUUAUUGCACGUUUCAUGGUUGUCUGUGAUUGUUCAUAGAGCUGCAAUACAUGAGAACAGAUUCAUAAAGAAAUGGGGCAUUAUGGUCUUAUUGACAUUGAAUCUUGACGAAGUACCAAUAUUAGAAAAUGUUGUGACAAGAAAUUUCACAUGUGAUACAUUCGUUAUGUUGCUCAAAGAACCAACGUUGUAUGCCAAGAACCACGGCGAAGGCAAAGCUGAACCAAGUGCAUUAACCAAACAAUUGUUGGGAUUUUUCAAGAAAUGUUUUCAAGCUCUGAAUGAUGAAGAGAAAACUGGAUUUUUCAUGCAACUGUUUACUUCUAUUUCUCGUUAUAACAUUAGCCAUGUGCCACUUACCUUUAUUUCUCAAAGUCUCUCCAAUGUACCACGAUUUCCAAUGUUUGGUAGCGAAGUACUGAGCAGUUUAAGGACUAUUAUGUCAACCAUGAUCAGUCAUUCAGUUAUGUUACGUGGAGCUGUAAAGACCUUACUCUUGAGAACAUUUAUGAACCUUGUCAAACCUACGAGCGUCAAUGUUCACGAAGUAUUGGUAUUUCUUGGUUCGUUUGUGAAGGAAGAGUCACUGUGUAGAGGGACGCAGCUUUGGAACGAGGUUACAGCAUGGUUGUCUGAAAGUCACGAUCUUUACCAGAGAGAAACAAAAGAUUUGUUUACGUAAGUAUUAGAGUGUAGCUGAAAGAGUUUGUUGUUUAUGCGAUUAAAUUUUUCCCUAGUUGACUUUCAUGUGUCACCUUUCCCGCAGUCUCCAAGUUUGGGUACUAAUGACACACAUGACAAAAACCCUGCCAAUAAAAUCCCCACAAACUAAAGUUUUUUUUGAUAGGACGAUUUGCACGCACAUCCUACUCGCAAUUUCAAUGGGCGACAACUUGCAAAAGCUAAUGCCGCAUAAAUAAAAGAACAAUACAAUGUAAACCACUUACAAAAGCAAUCCAUAACAAAAGUAGAAUAUUCGCUUGAAUGACGCCCAAUAGCAUUUCGUGAAAUGCACAUUAGGACGAAGUGAGUCAUCACGAAAGGUAAUACUCCAUGAAGCGCUAUAUGUUAGACUCUCGAUUCAGUGAUUCUGUUACAAACUACAUAACUACCGAUUAUAUUGUGUUAAAACGUUUCUUCAUGGAAAUGAAAAUAAUGAUAAACAAAAAUGUGUUUUGUUGUAAACAAAAAGGUGUUUUGUUUGAAUUCAGUGAUUUGUUGGUUUUGUCGCCGAGGAUAAAUCGUUUUGCUUGCGGAGAUUUUGUCUUGUCAGGGGCGUUGUCACGGACGGGGCAUGGGGGGAACGGGGGUCCGGACCAAUUUUGUAAUUCUUCCAAAACUGAGAAGAAACUGGGGGGAGGCGUAACCCGGUAUUGCUUUUAUCUACAUGCAUGACAUAAAAUAUACUAAUUCUGUGUCUUUCAGAUUAUUAUCGUAACACGUGUCUAUUUCCCUCGGAAGGACGGUCCCAUAGUUGUUCUCUGAAUUCGACAAUUAGAUCCCCUUCCCCGAACUCGUUUGGGGCUGGCUACGCCCCUGCUUGGUGGUGUUUAUUAGUCAAUAGAACGUACUCUGCCAAUGACGAGGAUUCCCUCGAAACGUUGAAGCGCAUCGGCAGUAUUAUUAUUUACGGUUUCUUUAUUUUGUAGAUGUUUGGAUAACCACGUACGAUCAUUUUUAAAGGGUGAAUACAGUGGCAAGACUAGAGAAACUGCACUAGAAUUGGCUAAGUUUCUUCUUUUAUGUUGCGACUGCUCAGCAAUGACCAAGAAUGAAAUUAACCAUCUUUUUGAUAUCAUUUUUGCAACCGUAAGUAAAGCUCAGUCGAAUGUCUACCAUCCUGUCUCCAGUUGUUGGAAUGCAGUUGAAAUGCUUUAUGGACUGUUUCAUGAGUUGUUGGGAAAAUGUAAAGAACGUACAAUUGCUGAUGAUAUAACAGUUACUCUUAUGAGCAGCCUACAUGACGUCUUAGACAGUCUUACAGAGACGCUCGUUCGAACUAUUGGUCAGGAGGAUGAAUAUUCUAGUUUCCACGGUUACAAUGCUUACUUCGCCAUGUUAGAGAAAGUAAAAUCUUUGUUGUUAACUCACAAGUUUCCAGAGAAUGUGUACCUGAAGUUUCAGACAUUACUCAACAAACUUGCUGACAUGGGACUUUCUCUUUGGGGUACCGGGACACAGUGUAUGACAGUGAAACACUGGUUGCGCUUUCUGGUUACUUUAAAGUUGAAUAUUUGGAUCGUCGAUGUUACUGAUGCCACAGAUUUUGUAUUCACCAAUGAACGGAGAAAUAAGUUUUUGAAAUCUGUCUGGUCACUUACAUUGACAAGCAAUUUGCGUUUUCCAAAUGAAGGAAAAUGUCGCGAGGGUUCUUACUUGAAGGAGGCAAGCUGGCGUACUGUUGCUGAGGAUAUCAUUAUCACGAAGUGGCAGUGUGUUAACAUGGCGAUCAAGGAAAGCGAUAGCAAAGUAAUUUCAAAUAGUUCGUCAUCAGAUGCACUUGCUAGAAGUUCGUAUAGUCACAUCGUGGAAGCAUGUGUUGAAGCUUUGUCUUUGGCAUCAGGACCAGCGUGUUACCCUUGUUUGGAGACAUUACGGCUUUGUUUGCCCGCAUUAAUACAAGCUGGAGAUGAAAAGACGACGAUUUUGUUGUUAAAAACUGCUUGGAGCGUGGUCAACGAAAUCCGAACUCGCUAUAGUGGUUAUUUUUGGCCAGCUUUCGAUAUUGUAGUUAGAAUUGUUUUCGCCCCAGAACUGUUAAGUCUUCCUGCCGAUAGUUUAUUGGUAUCAUAUGUAAGAAAGUACUGGGAGUCCUUACUUAAUACAGCUGAUGAUCAAUCUGGUUUGGUGAGUGUGGCUGUUGCUCACUUAUGUAAAGUUUUCGCAAGUAUGUAUCGGUCACAGUCAAUUAACGUGAUGAGUUUGAAUUUUCAUGCCGAUAUUAUUGCUGAUAUAUGCUUGUUUGGUCCAGUUCAUAGAAAAGAUCAGAGGCUUUUGCUUGACACCGCAGCUUAUGUCAAAUGCUUAGGCGAAGAAUCUGGGGUUGUUAGCCUUAAGAAAUUUAAAGAAUGUGAAUGUGAGUCAUCACGUGUUCGCGUUGAUCUUCUGGCGUUUUUGCUCAGUGUGGAUUACAACAGUCAAACCUGCCCAUUGUUUAUUGUUAAACUUGUAAGAGUUCUAUUGGAGAGAAAUCAAACGCUUUCAGAGAUCAAGGCUAGUCGCUUUCUGAAUUCUGAAAAUCAUCGCAAAAAGCAAAGGCUAUGGCAAAUCAUCCUGAUUUUGGUCUCACGAAUUACAGAUGAAAAAGUUGCAUUGGAAUUUUCCAACGGCGUUCAAAAAGCAUUGGAGGGAGAUAAUCAGACAUCAGUAAGGUUUUUUAUGGAGUGGAGCUUAGUGAGACUGUUCUCUAGUCAUAUUCAUCUUCUUGAAACAAUUUGGAAAGAAAUGAAGAAUCUUUACAAAACUCGACUUGGUUACGUCGCGUCAUUAAUCUCCAUAAUAACACACGUAUUUCUUACUAUGGACGAACCAGAGUCUCAGAUGCAGUAUCUUCAGCGAUUAAUACCCGCCAUUGUUCCAUGUGCAUUUCUAAACCAUUCUCAAAUCCGUGCUUACAUUUUAGCUGCGUUACAACUGAUCUCCGACACAUCCUCCGAAGAUGUUUGGUCUCAAAUCAGUCAAGAGUUUCCUAUUGUGCAAUCAUGCCUGUUGUUUACACAGAGUGUUGUUGAAGGAGAAAAAGAAAAGAUUCGGCUGCAGAAAGAUCGGGACUUGUUUUCCUUGCACCCAAUCAAAGAUUUUAGUAUUGAAGUGAUUUUUAAAACAGUUCCUUUCAUUACUGGUGUGGUUGAUGAUGAAGUGAUUCCCCCAAGUGUAUUUCAACAUGAAGGCAGUGAAGCAUGGGUGGAGAUGAGUGGUUUCCCGUUAUAUAGAAGGAAUCUAAAGCAAGAAAGCCAAGCAUCUGGAGAGAAAGAGACCCAGCUUGAGUUAUGUACUAACGAAAGUGCUCAUGAGAAAACAGAAACAUCUAGCGUUUCAAGUGUUAGCUCAGAUGUGCAAAAGAAGAUCACUCCUUGGAAUGUGAUUGCUCCAUUGCACGAGGACCAAGACAGUUUUGAUCAACUCCGUCGACGUCCUAUAGAGCGUCGCGUUGGUGAUCUCAUCGUCGUAGCAUCGUUAAUUGAUCGUGCUCCUAACCUCGGCGGUCUAUGCCGAACAUGUGAAAUCUUUGGUGCGUCCAGACUUGUACUCGGCAGUAAACAUGUUAUUUCCGAAAAAGACUUCAAAUCUGUGAGUGUUUCAUCGGAGAAGUGGGUUGAUGUCGAGGAAGUUAAGAUUCAUGAUUUGGAGAUGUAUUUGUUAAGAAUGAAGAGAGAAGGCUUCACAAUUGUUGGUGUAGAACAAACUGCACAGAGUAAGAAAUUGACCGACUUCCAGUUCCCUCGCAGCACAGUGCUAGUACUGGGAAAUGAAAAGGCUGGUAUACCUGUGGAAACUAUCCAGUUGUUAGAUGAAUGUGUUGAGAUCCGUCAACAUGGAAUAAUCCGUUCUCUUAACGUACACGUCAGUGGCGCUUUGUUAAUUUGGGAGUAUAGUAGACAACACUUGAAUGAUAAGUGAAUGAUAAGUGAACCAUGAGUGAUAACUCUUUUUCACGUGAGAAAAACUGAGUUUACCAUAGAAUAGUAUUGCUGACAAACAUAUAAAUAGUUAUAUAUAGUUACAUUUUUUAUUUAAAUGAUUCAAAAGAAAUGAAGGAUUCAAGUUGGGCUUCUUUGCCGUUGCUACGCUGUGGCAUUAAUUUAAGGGGAGUAUCGCGGGUCUGUUUCCGGUAAAAUGCAGAUAAUAAAUUUCAAAAUGUAUUUAAAACGUUCCUUUCGCAUAUAUGCCGGUUAGGCAAUGAGAAUGAAAGUCAUAGAUCUGCCGCGUCCGGGUCUGAAUUUUAAAAAGCAUGAGGCUUUUUUCAUUAUUUAUUAUUUUUGACUAUUGUUUUGGCGGUAAAUACAGAGAUAAAACACCAAUUACCGUUAACGCCGUAGACUCAGGUGACCUUCCCUUAAGCCUGGUUCACAUUAGCAAUUUUGUCGGCAAUUUUGUGUUUCUGACAGAUGCAAAUGAGUGAACUCGCACACAAAAGUAUAGAGGUCGCUUUUCAAAAGUACACAAUUCUAAGUCUUUUGCAUGUCAUUCAUUCGAUCACAUUUGCCAGAAGGAGAAAAAUCGCCGACAGAAUUGCUAGUGUGAACCAGGCUUUAAAGGUACGUAGCUAACAUGUGUUUUGUAAAUUCCAUAAACAAAUAAAUAAAUAGAUUACUCAGAUUUACGCAAUUUGUCGUUAUAUUGAAUUCAGAAAAUACACUGCACAGAGUAAAAAAAUUGAUCGACUUCCAGUUCCCUCGCAGCACAGUGCUAGUCCUGGGAAAUGAAAAGGCUGG